GUCGAGCACAAAAUGACGCAACAGCUGAGCAAAGAAUGGGUUUUCCACCACCAGUGAUUGAACGCAUGUUUAGGCUUGUUCCGUACAUAAAAGUUUGAGGAUCGUUUUGGGUUGGCGUUGGCUAUAAAACAGGCCCUCAGGCCUCACAAUGUACAUUUAUGUGGUAUAAUUGCAUUCCUCUUUGACUUUAGUGAGCAUUGGCAGACUGGCCAAGAUGGCGUUGUGUAAGGUGAUCCAUUAUUGUUUUCUACUUAAAUUCGUGGGGUCCACACCAAUUGCACAAGAUUAUCCUGUUCCAUCGGAUCGUGGAAUUUUUGGCGACCUGUUUUUCCCUCUAAACCAACAAUCUUCGAGAAACACCGAUUUUUAUGACAAUUUGUCUGGCGCUGAUGACAAUUAUGAAUCAUCGUACACCGACAUUGACGCUGAAGCUGGAAAUGAGAAGAACGAAGAUUCACAAUCAAAAAGCGACCCGCCUCAACGAGACAGCCGAGGAAGCUAUAUCGUGGAUGAUAUGAUAAUCCCAGCGGAUCUAUAUGAAGGCCGGUUUGAACUCUCCGGGCUCUCCAAUGAAGAAUAUCGUUGGAAGGAUCAAGCCAUUCCUUACCAAAUUUCCGGAGACUUAAGUUCGACACAAAAGGAAGAGUUUGAAGCUCGAGUUGCAGAGUUCAAUGACUUGUUGGGUGGUUGUCCCAUAAUCAGGCCAGCCCUUGAGACAGAUUCGGACUUCUUGUUGGUGCAAUUGACUUCGGAUGAAAGAAUUUGUGGCCGAUCAACGGUCGGCAAAAUUGGUGGAGCCCAAGGACUCCUCAUUGGGGCUGAUUGCUUUCGCGGUCGAACUGUUGCCCAUGAGAUCAUUCAUGCUAUGGGAUUUUUUCAUGAGCAGAGCCGACCGGAUCGAGACCUUUAUGUAACCGUGGUUUUAGACAACGUGUUGGACACCUACAGACGGAACUUUGAGAAGAUGCCGAACUCUCUAACCUUUGGGGUGCCAUAUGAUGGUUUGAGUAUUAUGCAUUAUCCAGAUAGAGCCUUUAGCAAAAAUGGAAAGCCCACCAUUAUUUCAAAGAUUCCUGGAGUUCCUGAAUCCAGGUUUGCCAAAGGGUUGACUCCAACAAGAUCUGAUAUUUUGAAGAUCCGUGCAAUGUAUCAAUGUUCUCAACCUAAUCCGGAUUAUGACUACAAUAAUUAUGGCGAGGGAACCGUUGAAGGUUCAAACUAUUAUUCAGACGAUGAUACGAAAUCCAAGAAUGAUGACCAAUAUGAAUAUGCAUAGUGACGUAAUCCACUUUGCAAUCCAUUACAUUAUAUGACAAUUUACUUGUUGGAUGUGCUGGACUUUGGAAUAUACAUAGCACUAUUCUAUUUCCUCGUAUCCUGAUCAUUCCGUUACAAUAAAACAGUCUUUUUGCUCGAACGUA